AUGUCAAGAAGAUACGAUUCUAGAACUACUAUUUUUUCACCUGAGGGUAGAUUAUAUCAAGUUGAAUAUGCUCAAGAAGCUAUUUCAAUGGCAGGUACUGCCAUAGGUAUAUUAUCAUCCGAGGGAGUUGUAUUGGCAUGUGAAAAGAAGGUAACAUCAAAAUUGUUGGAUAAUGAUGGAUCGGCUGAAAAAUUAUACAUUAUCAAUGAUAACAUGAUAUGUGCCGUUGCUGGUAUGACUGCUGACGCAUCUAUUUUAGUCAACAAUGCAAGAAUCAACGCCCAAUCAUACCUCAAAACUUACAACGAACAAAUUCCUUGCGAAAUUUUGAUAAAGAGAGUUUGUGAUGUUAAACAAGGUUAUACUCAACAUGGUGGGUUAAGACCAUUUGGGGUUAGUUUCUUAUAUGCCGGAUACGACGACAGAUAUCAAUUCCAAUUAUUUACUUCAAACCCAUCUGGGAACUAUUCCGGGUGGAAAGCCACCAGUAUUGGGGCUAACAACUCUGCUGCCCAAACCUUGUUGAAGAAAGAUUAUAAAGAUGACUUGACAUUAAAGGAAGCUUGUGAAUUGGCCAUUAAAGUGUUGUCUAAGACCAUGGAUGCUUCAAAUAUAAAUAGUGAAAAAUUAGAAUUUGCUACAUUAAGUUUAUCCAAGGUUGAAGAAGGUAAAGUGAUUCACAAGAUUUGGAAUGAUACUGAUGUCAAUGCUUUGAUUCAAGAUUCUGGUGUUUUGAAUGACAAGUCUACCGAAGAUGAUUAG